AUGGACCGAACGGAUAGUCUCUCGCCUAGAUUCUCAGACAACGGCAGCCCUCGGUUUACAGAACAUUUUAAUGCGUCGCCGCCUUAUCAACCCUUCCAACCCUUCCAAGGAGAUAACGACCCUCCAACACCGCAAUAUGUUACAGCGCAAGAAAGUCCCAUACAACACAGACCUUCCGACAAAAGGCCUCCGCCUUUGUCUCCUUCAGAAAUAGUUGCACCGUAUCCGGAGUUCUACGAAUCGAACGAUGAAGGCAAGGAGGUCGUCGUUCCGUCGGUCAUGCCAGAGGCCUAUGAAAGACCUCCAGACGCGAGACCACAAAGGAGACAGAUAUGCGGCUUGCCUCUGUUAUGGGUCUUGAUUAUUGCAGGAGUGGUUGUGGCGCUGGCCAUUGGUCUUGGCCUUGGAGUAGGCUUGUCCAACGGCAAAAGGUAA